AUUCACCACCAUCUCGCACGCGUCUUCGGAGCUUUGCUGGCUUCGGCGGUGGAGACGAAGAAAGAGAGAGUUGUUGCCAUGGCGACAACCGAGGUCAGCAUCCAGAUGGCGGGGGUACUGGACGGCCAGCCGGGGUGUGCUCCGUCCCCCGAACCGCUUCUCCUGCGUGUCCCGUCGCAGGCCGCCGGCGUUUCUUCGAUGGAGGCUGCGGAUGCCGUCGUUUCCGGCGGCAGGACCACCAAGAAAGCGGCCGCGGCUGCUUACGCUGAGACGCCGAGCUCUGUCUCGUUCAGCGUGCCGGGUUCCCCGUCGGGACUCCACCUCGCGCAGAUCGGCAUGCCGCCGUCCGUCCGCGACAACGUGGGCGCCCCUGCGGUGCCGCUGAGCGAGUCGAAGGUCGAGCGGGUUCACCACCCGGCCGUGCCACCGAGCGUGUCGAUGGUCGAGCGGGUUCACCACCCGGCAGUGCCGCAGCUGCUGAAGCAGGCCCGGCACCACUCGCAGCCGUCCUUGGUUGUUAGAGUCGGCGGCGAGGUGCCGGCGGUGCUGCGGAGCGACAGCAUGCGGGAGCGAGACCGGCGGUUUGACCAAUUCAAGACGUUCUCUGGCCGCCUUGAACGACAGCUCUCCAGCCUCCGUGGGGUGCCACAGAACACCGACGUGGAAAAAGGUGCGGCAUCAAAGAUCUCAGAGGAGGACACCGACGAGGACGAUGAAGUGCCCACCGCCGACCGCUAUUUCGCCGCGCUCGAAGGACCCGAGCUCGAGACACUUCGGUCGACAGAGGUGGCCGUGUUGCCUAAGGACGAGACAUGGCCGUUCCUGCUCCGAUUCCCCAUCAGCGCCUUUGGGAUGUGCCUUGGCGUGAGCAGCCAGGCCAUGCUCUGGAAGACCCUUGAGUCGGAGCCCUCCACCAAGUUUCUUCACGUGCACCCUGCUACCAACCACGUCCUCUGGUGGAUCUCCGUCGCCCUCAUGGUCGUCGUCUCCAUCACCUACCUUCUAAAAGUCGUUUUCUACUUUGAGGCCGUCCGCCGCGAGUUCCACCACCCCGUGCGCGUCAACUUCUUCUUUGCGCCAUGGAUUGCCUGCCUUUUUCUUGUCAAGGGUGUGCCGCAUCCGGUGUGGGAGAUCCACCACGCCGUCUGGUACUUGCUCAUGGCGCCCAUCCUGUGCCUCGACCUCAAGAUCUAUGGCCAGUGGAUGUCUAGUGGUGAGCGGCGCCUCUCUAAGGUAGCCAACCCAUCCAAUCACCUUGCGAUCGUCGGCAACUUUGUCGGCGCGCUUCUCGGUGCUAGGAUGGGCCUGCGAGAGUUGCCCAUCUUCUUCUUUGCCGUCGGGUUGGCCCACUAUGUCGUGCUAUUCGUCACUCUCUAUCAGCGGCUCCCCACCAACGCGCAACUCCCCAAGGAGCUCCACCCAGUGUUCUUCCUUUUCGUCGCCGCACCUAGCGUUGCUUCCAUGGCAUGGACGAGGAUCUGUGGAGAGUUCAACGAUGGUUCCAAGCUCCUUUACUUCGUCUCGCUAUUCCUCUACGUGUCUCUGGUGGUGCGCAUCAACCUCUUUAGGGGCUUCAAGUUCUCACUGGCAUGGUGGGCGUACACAUUCCCGAUGACGAGUGUGGCCUUGGCGACGGUGUUAUAUGCAUCUGAGGUAGACAACGUGCUGACACGGGCACUAGCGGUCGGGUUGUCAGGGAUUGCCGUUGUCACAGUCACCGGCGUGCUAGCCACCACCAUGUACCACGCCUUCGUGCGGAAGGACCUCUUCCCCAACGAUGUAUCCAUAGCCAUCACGCGACGAAGGCCCAAGUUUAGCAAGAUCCUCGCGCACCUUCGGUCAUCGAGCUCUGGUGUCAAGGAGCUUGUUCUUUCCAUCCCAAAUUUCAGUUCCAAUUCCAAGCAGGGCGCAUGCUGCGAUGACGCCGGCUCCAGCUACAAGACGAGCGGCAGUGUCGGCGAGUCUCCUGUGGCACACGAGCACGGAAGAGCAAAGUGUUAGGAGGUCCAUGCACGACAUGGUGCAUGUACGCACGGCUAGCUUAUGUUGAUUAGUAGUACUUGUACAGAGUUCUCUGCGUUUUUUCUUCAUUCUUUUUCUUCUUUGUGAACUUGCUGCACAUAGUUGAAGAUUAGGAGUGGUAUCCGUGAGCAAUUUACAUUGCGAUGAUAGUGAUAUAAUUGUCGGGCUUAACGGUUGAGUUUGUAAAUUUAGUGGUUAUACUUUUUUCUUCAGAAGUAGAAAAAUCUCAGUUACAUUUCUUAACUCUAUUCUCGUCUCAAGUAACUACACAGACCUGAAAAUUGGAAGGACAUUUCACCAAAGGUGUAUCAAUAAAAUGGAUGGCUUAGUGUGUUGCAACUUGCAACUUUGGAAGGGAGGUUUUCAAAGUUUGAAGACAGCGCACUAUUUGCAAAAUCAUUUUUUAUGUGUGACCGUGACAUGCUUUCCACAUAUCGCUCAAAACCAAGGUUACCGCUGACGGCGCUCUCUCAGACUUAGCUUUGCUUACAUUUUAUUUUAAUUAAAACAUAACUUUACUUACAUCUCCUUUCAAUUAAACAUAUCUUUGCUUAGAUUUUUCUUUGAGGGGUGAAACCAAACUUUAUUACUCAAAGUCUACAUAAACUGGGAUACAGAAGGGAUCAUGGGGUUCGGAGAACCAAACGUGCCGCCCUUGAUCCAAGGAAUGUGAGAACUUGCUAACCUAUCAGUAUAGGUGUUCGUUGCUCCGUAACUUCAUCAUAGCCUCCGAUUCGAAGCAGGUGGAAACGACGUACACAAUGAGAGUCGAGGUUUUUCUUUCAAUUAAAACAUAGCUUUGCUUACAAGCAAAGAGCCCUAAUUCCAUCUCCUCAUUUGGGCUUUAGGCUCACCGGAUAGUAGGCUUUUGGUGGGCCGUGUCUAUUAGUUCUGACUACCAUACAGUUACUAUCUGGACCGUAUGGCUCGGAUCUAACUCUACAAAAUUUUCUCUAGAAAAAGAAUCUACAAAUUCUUUCU